UUUCACUUUUCUAUGUGACAAAGAAGAAAGCAAAAGGGGUUAAUUGUAUAAAAAAAAGAAAUAGAAAAUAAAGAGGUGGGUUUUAUGAGCUGAUGCUGAAAUUGGGUUUCUCCAAUAACAUGGAUCUUGGCAAAUCUUGGAAUAGUAGUAGUAGUAAUAGAAGUGUUGUCAGCUCUUCCCAUAGUUUUAGUUUCAGUUACUUCCAUUCAUUAACGUCAGCUCUCUUGUUUUUGUCUUUUGGGAGUUCAGUUUCAGUACCCAAAAUGGUCUUAUUUAAUUUCUCAACCAUUAUACCUUCUUUUGAUGAUGAUUUGAUUGUAAAGUUUUCAUCUUUUUCAUUUUCUUGAAGAAGAAAGACUCCAAUUUAAUCAACAUCACUCUCUCCUCAACUGUUUCUUUUGUUUGUUUGCUUAGUUUUCUUGAUUGUUUAGUCUUGUAUCGUCAGCCCCCUUUUGUUUUUGUUCUCUUUUUAAAGACCUAGAGAAUGCUGUGUGCAUCAUUGCCAGGGUUGAGUCAUCAACAGAUGUUGGUUGGUGGUGCUGUCAAGGAACUUUCAGCAGCUAUGUCUUCUUUGAAUGUUUAUAGCAGGUGUGGUUUUGAUGGUCGUGUUGGAUGUUGGAUUGGGAAUGAGAAAGGAAGAUGGAACAAAUUGGCUGCUGCAAGUACAAUGGCACCAAAGAAGAGGAGGUUGAGCAUUUCCCCUCUGGCUUCCUCUGCUCUAGCAGAAACCCCAUAUACAUCUAGAGCCGAAUUCUAUGACGAGGUCCUUAACGAUGCUAGAGAAAAAUUUACCCAGGAGAUAUCUUUCCAAUCCAAGGACAAAGAUAUUUCUUUGGCAAAGGCUUUGCUUUACGUGGCCUCUGAAGAUGAGGCAUUUAUGGCUUUCAACCGGGAGAUGGAUGCUCAUUCACUCCAAAUUGAGAGGAGAUCAGCUUCAUUGGCUUCUCAUGCCACAGAUUGGACUUGCGUGGAGGCCAUGCCUCUUGCUGGAAAAAAUAUGAAUGAAUGGAUGAUUGAGUUGGAUGUUAUUGCGAGAGAAGUGGAGGCGGAACUAGUUUCAAGAGAAAUAGGAUGCGAUUUGGUUGAAGUUUUAGAUGCCGUGAAUAUGGUGCUUUUCAAGUCAAGGGGUUUCAAAAGGUCACCUGUACUUGUGGAUUCAAAGUGUGCAUACCUGCAUUCAGUAUUAAGCUCUGGAUAUUGUAGUGCAAUUUUGCUUAGUGUCAUUUAUAUUGAAGUCUGUCGAAGACUUAAUCUGACCAUUGUGGGAUCCCGAGUUGGGGAAGAUUUUUUGAUAUGGCCUCAAACUGGAAACCCUGAGGAGCUAUUCAAGGUUAUCUCUGGUCAUAGCUUGUUUGGUAUUGUUAAUGGGAAGUGUGUCGAUGACCCUAGAGCAAAGGCUUCUGACAUCAAUAGCAAUUCUUUGCCGGGGCUUGAGUUAGCAACAAACCGAGAUAUUAUUGGAAUUGCUUUGGCUAAUUUGAUGAGGCUUCACUGGAAACGUGCUUCAAGAGCAAAUCAUGGUUUGAUGCUGACUUCUCCGCUUAGAUCUGUUGAUCAUGCAGAUGAUAAGUCUAGCAAGACUAAUUGUCUGAAUGUUCCAUUGUUGCGGCCUCAAGAUUUGAGGUUCAAGAUGCUAAAUUGCAACCUUUGGCAUGAGAAAAGGAGAAUUGAGAAUAUUGGACGCAUAUUUUUAUUUUAUUGAUUCUGACAUACUACUAAAACUCUAACAUUCCACUAAAAUAACCACUUAAUCAAUCUUGCUGCGAUAUAAUAGAUGCUUAUACCUCCAUUUAAGUUUAUAACAUAACGAACUAUAGGGUAAAAGAUUCCUCACUGAUCUAGCUUCAUAUUGGUAUUAAAAGCCCUUUCUAUUUCAAUAUACUGAUCCAAUUGAAAAUGACUAGAUACUGCAUUAUGCAGAUAGAUUGACUUUCUUUUUACAUACUUUUAGCCUCUUCGCCCUUUUACUCCUUUAAUGUUGUUUCUCUUCACUUCUCCGACAUUCCUUUUAGAAAUCCAAGAAAGCUAACCUUAUCUUUCUCCCUUUCUGAUCUUUAGGAUUUGAUGCUCUUUUUAGAUACUGUAGAUACAAAAUAUACCAUGUUUGGAUGCAUUUAUUAUAUUUGAUAGUU